AUGAACUCAGCUCUGUUUUUAAAAAGUAAUGAACAGCAGUGCAAAGGGAGAUUCAUCUUGGAGCUUGGGUAUCAGUUUUGGGUUGGAAAGACUACUUUGAUCCAGAAAGUCACUCAAGCUCUGAAAUCCUCAGGCAUUUCCAUUGAUGGAUUUUACACAGAGGAGGUUAGAGAAGGUGGCAGGAGAACAGGAUUUGAUGUUGUCACUUUGUCUGGAAAACGAGGACCUUUAUCUAGAGUCAGUUCCGAUUCUGCUACUUCAAGACGUGAAUAUCGGGUUGGACAGUAUGUUGUAGACCUUGUUUCAUUUGAGCAGUUGGUUCUACCUAUGCUGAGAAAUGUAAACCAUGGCAGUGAUGCAGAGAAAAAAAUUUGUGUCAUAGAUGAGAUUGGUAAAAUGGAGCUCUUCAGCCAGGCUUUUAUUCAAGCUGUUCGUCAGACGCUGACUGGCUCGGGGACCGUGGUGCUUGGAACUAUUCCAGUACCAAAGGGAAGGCCACUGGAUCUUGUUGAAGAAAUACGAAGUAGGAAAGAUGUUAAAGUGUUCAAUGUUAGUAAGGAAAACAGAAACAGCAUUUUGCAAGACAUCUUGGCAGCUGUGGAAUCCUGCAGAAAAUGAAGACCUUUUCUUGCCUGUAAACACUAAAGCUUUUAUUUUAACAAAGCAUUACGAUGUUUUGCGGAUGUUUUAGAGUCUGUCCUUCCUGCAUUAGCCCCUGGAGGCUUUACUGGAGCCUUCAGGGUAAGCAGAGUAAAGCUGGUAAUACUCUAAAAUGUGAAAAUGAGAUAGCAGGGUUCUUGUUUAUUCAGUUCACAAGCAAAUCUAUUAAAAAAUUGAACAGAUGCAUAGUUAACAUGCAGUUGUAAUCUGAGUAUUUGGAAGAUAGGUAG